GCAGACGAUCUUACUUCGUUACAACUAACUAAUAAAAGAGAAGUGAUGUUCCCUUGUGUUAGUCUUAUUGUUUAUCUUUGCGAAAAGACAAAUAAUGCGAUUUACUUUACGAUCGAGAAGGGGUCCACAUGUUCCAAUUGGUCAUUCCGCACCCAGGUGGCUUAGAAAAGAAAUUGAACGCAGGCUAGACCUUGUUGGCCGAAUCAAACAUGAACCAAAACUUGUUUCUGAAGCUAGUUCAGCUGAUACUCACAACCCUGAAACCUUUUGCCGGAUGCAAGCUAUGGAUGACAUAAAGAUUUUAGAAAUUCAAUUGCAAGCUGCAGAUCCCAAAGCAGGGAGAAUGCCCAAUGAAAACCUCAGCCCCUUUUUAAUGGCUCAAAUUAAUACUGCAAUGUGUGUGCAUGCAAACUUGGCACCGUCAAACAGCUACUGCAUGAAGAGCUUGCCAUUUCAUACCCAGACAAGACACCUUUUACGAACACCAACAUUGGCCAGUACCACAAAUCCCUGAAACAAGCUAUGAAAUCUACCCUGAAAGUUUGACCUUCAACCAACCUGCUGAAAGCUAUGAUCUUCAUCCAUAUUUUCCUGUUACACCAUUUCUUCCAGUUGGCAUUCAUGAAGAAGAUGAAUUUCAAGGUUUCCCUCUGAA